AUGAUUGAUAAAGAGAGAAACAAAGUACUUUUUGCAACGGCUGACUCUCAUUUUGUAGACAUUUUGUUGAGCUUCUUGACUUUGCCUUUGGGAAGAAUUAUCAAAGUGUUGAAGCAGCAUUAUGGAGAUGAGCUGCCCACCUUUGGUAGCUUGAGCAGCUUGUACCAUGGCUUAUCGAAUCUCGAUAGCUCCCAUUUUGUGACGGAUGGUGCUAAGCAGAUUCUUCUCAAUCCAACCACUUCAUUUGAAGAUGAAUACAAAAGGUUGAAACUUGAUAUCACUGAUUCUCAGCCGGCUCAAUAUUUCUGUUGUUCACGCAGGUCUUGUCGUUAUAAUAGAUUUGAAAGUAGAAGCGUGUACUAUGAUUAUAUCCAGCUUUGCAAAGAUUGCGGUUCUUACAAUAUGACAAGUGAAGAAGCUAAGAAAGUGUCUAAAGCUGGUUAUAGUGAUGGAGUCUGGACUAAACCUAGGGAAUCUUUCACAAUCUUUGAUGAUCUGCAAAUAUUUCCAAAUGAAAUUGGACUCGUCCGAAUCCUCACCCUUCUUGGCAUCACAGACGCGAAUGAGAUGGAGUUAGUCCAAGCGGAUCUUGGCUUCAAUGAGAUUAGGGAGUUGUUGAAGGCAUCCUUGACGUCGCCAACUCCAUUGUCUGAUGUCAUAUUAAGCAAAACCACACCCAUGGAUUCAACAAGUAUUCCAAUGAAUGAAAUAUCAGAGGAAGAAAACCCCAACUCCAGCAGUGUAAGUUUGAAAUUGGUGAUGCAAAAAUCAAGUGGAAAGUUGUUAUAUGCUCAAGCUAAGAAAGAUUUCGUCGAGUUUCUGUUUAGUCUCUUCACCAUCCCUAUAGGAGGAGCCGAGCACCUCAUGGGCGGCAAGACUUGUUUUAAGGCUAUAGACAACUUGUAUCGAAACACAGCUGAAUUCAUAGGUGACGAGUAUUUCAAGUACACAGAUGCCAAAGAGGAGCUUAUGAAUCCCAAAUUGCCUCAUGGUUGUAUCUCCCAAAACCAGAUUCUUCCUCUUGUUGAAGAAUGCUUGUCUGAUGACUACACUGCUAAUCUCCCAAAUUUUUCUUCUAAUAAGUUUCCCGAAGGACAAGGAUGUUAUCUUGAGGGACCAACAACUUAUCAUGUGAGUGAUGAUUUGAUUGUGACACCUUUUUGUCCUUUCUCCGUCCUUUCCCGUCUCAACAGCCUGAAGAUCCCGGUAUCUGAUGUCGAAGAAAGGGAGAUUCAAAUUGGAUUCAAAGAGGCUUUGAACAUACUGAAAACCUCUCUAACAUCCACUUCUGCUCUGUCUGAUGCUCUGCUCACUCAAAUUUGCAACAAACGGAUAAAGGAAGAAGUCUGA